AUAAAAUUUCGCCUUUCGGCGUCCUCUAUCACCUGAAGGAGCCGAAGAAUCCCGCUAUAAAGCCGGCGAUAGCCGAAACGCCGCCAUCGCCUGUAUUGCUUGCUCUCUCUCUUAUGGGUUUGGGGUUGAGGGAUCCAUCUGCAGCGAUGAGGGAUUUUCUACAGCAGGCCGGUGGCUGUGCGGUGGUGGACGGCGGGAUGGCGACGGAGCUCGAGGCAAAUGGCGCCGACCUCAACGAUCCUCUCUGGAGCGCCAAGUGUUUGUUCAGCUCUCCCGAUCUUAUUCGCAAGGUUCAUUUAGACUACCUUAUGGCAGGUGCAAACAUUAUAAUUUCGGCAUCCUAUCAGGCCACAAUUCAGGGUUUUGAAGCUCGAGGCUUUUCCAAAAAAGAAAGCGAAGCAUUACUGUUCAAAAGUGUCGAAAUUGCUUGUGAGGCGCGAGGUAUAUUUCAGAGUAGUUAUCGAAAUGGACCCUAUACUGUAGGUGCAGAUGAAGCCAGUUCAAGAAAACAGCCUAUUCUGGUUGCAGCUUCCAUUGGAAGCUAUGGAGCUUUUCUAGCAGAUGGUUCUGAAUAUAGUGGACACUAUGGAAAAGAAGUAACUUUGCAAACUUUGAAAGAUUUUCAUAGAAGAAGAGUGCAGGUGCUUGCGGAAUCAGGUGCUGAUCUGAUUGCUUUUGAAACAAUUCCUAAUAAAAUAGAAGCUCAGGCUUAUGUUGAACUUCUCAAAGAAAAUAACAUUAGGAUCCCUGCUUGGUUUUCUUUUUCCUCAAAAGAUGAAAAUGAUGUCGUUAGUGGAGAUUCAGUACUUGAGUGUACUGCUGUUGCUAAUGCAUGUCAGAACGUUGUUGCAGUUGGUAUCAACUGCACUCCCCCAAGAUAUAUCCAGGGACUAAUUUUCACCAUUAGGAAGGCGACAGAUAAGCCAAUUGUAGUAUAUCCUAACAGUGGAGAGCGAUAUGAUGCAGAUAGGAAGGAAUGGGUGGCGUCUACCAGCAUUAGUGAAGAGGAUUUUGUCUCCUUUGUGAGCAAGUGGAGAGAGGCUGGCGCCUCUCUUAUUGGAGGAUGCUGCAGGACAACCCCAAAAACUAUUAGAGCCAUAGCUGAAGCAUUGUCCACCGUUCGAUCAGCUCCUCAAGCAACUUCAGCAUGUGAUUGAGAAAAUUUAAGGAACUGUUUCCAGAUUUGCUUCUGUUAGCUUACUAAGUUACUUCGGAUGUCAACUUCUUGCAAUUAAAUACGAAGGGGACAUUUCUUCAAUGGGUAUGCCUCUUAUCAGCCCUCCUUUAGUCAAUUUAGUAUUGAAUGCUAAUAUCUUAAUCAACAAUGUGGAUCACUCAAAUCAAAUAAAUUUAAUAAACUCUUUUUCUAGCUGGAGAAAGGUAUUUCCUGUGACUUCUGAUCUUUUCGUUCAUUCAUUUCUAUGCCGAUAAGCAUGGCUAUUGCAAUUGCCAUUCUUACAUUUGUAUGGUUAGGCCAACUUCAAUACUGAUUUGUUUCAUUCUUUUUAUAAUAUUGGGAUGUUUUGUGAUUUAUGAGAUAAAUUUGCAAUUUUUCAAGUAGAGUGUGCUAUUCUGUAAAUAUGUUCCUCAUGAUUUUGAAGAUUUUUUUUUUCUUAAAUUAAAGUAUGGUAUAAUAUCUGUUACAAAUAUAUAAACUUUGUUCAGAUGGCUUAAACCCCUA